AUGUCACGGGUAUACGACAUGCGGUCGCCUGAAACCACAUCGCCACUGUGCAAGUCGCAAUGGAGCAUGCGGAUAGGUACAGUCGAUGUCCAACUCAGGCAGGAGGGCUGA